AUGAGAUUGACACAGGUUAUGUUGGUUUUGCAUUGGUUUCUUGGUGUUUAUGUAUAUGCUUCUUUUUGUUCCAAUGUUACCUAUGAUCAUAGAGCAUUGGUUAUUGAUGGCAAACGAAGGCUCCUCAUUUCUGGUUCCAUUCAUUAUCCUCGUAGCACUCCGCAGAUGUGGCCAGACCUUAUUCAGAAAUCCAAAGAUGGAGGAAUUGAUGUCAUUGAGACUUAUGUUUUCUGGAACUUACACGAACCCGUUCGAGGCCAGUACAAUUUUGAAGGUAGGGGGGAUUUGGUUGGAUUUGUGAAGGCAGUAGCAGCAGCAGGUCUAUAUGUUCAUCUCCGGAUCGGUCCAUACGCAUGUGCUGAAUGGAAUUAUGGCGGUUUCCCUCUUUGGUUACAUUUUAUUCCGGGAAUUAAGUUCAGAACUGAUAAUGAACCAUUCAAGGCAGAAAUGAAACGGUUUACAGCAAAGAUUGUGGAUUUGAUGAAGCAAGAGAAUCUCUAUGCAUCACAAGGAGGACCUAUCAUUUUAUCUCAGAUUGAAAAUGAGUAUGGAAACGUUGAUAUACACUAUGGUCCUGCUGGUAAAUCUUACAUCAAUUGGGCAGCAUCGAUGGCUACAUCUCUUGAUACAGGUGUUCCCUGGGUUAUGUGCCAGCAAGUAAACGCGCCUGACCCAAUUAUUAACACAUGCAAUGGAUUUUACUGCGAUCAAUUCACACCAAACUCUGACAAUAAACCAAAAAUGUGGACUGAAAAUUAUAGUGGAUGGUUUUUUGCAUUUGGAGAGGCUGUGCCUUAUAGACCUGUGGAAGAUCUUGCAUUUGCUGUGGCACGCUUUUUCCAACGCGGUGGAACUUUUCAAAAUUACUACAUG